AUGUCUUUGCCAAGAUAUCCUAAAGACUUAGCUGUGAUUAUUGUCAAGGCUAAAGGUAGAGAAAACACAUUCAGAGAUGUGACAGUGCGAAAGCAAAAAGUGCAUGAUGCUUUAGUUUGGCUUAUCAAUAACAAUCCACAUUAUUCUCAGUUAUUAAUUAAUGAAGAUGCAUUAAAUUCAUUACCUGAAAAUGGUGUACCACCAGGUCUUAUGACUGUUGAGACUGAUGAUGAUAUAGUCCCAGAUGACAAUUGUUCUCCUGAUGUAGGUCCCCCUACUGAUAAUCCAUCAAACGAUAUUGUUUAUAAUGACUCUACCGAAAUGAGCAAUUUUUUACCUGUUGGCGAACAACAACAACAGGAAAUUGAAGCUGUUAGAAAUCAGCUGUCUGAAAAUAAGCCAAUACCAUGGCCCUCAGUUGAUAAUGAGCCAUUAAAUGAGUAUCAGAUAUCACAUCUUGCCACAAUGGCUUUCCCAACAUUAUUUCCAGAUGGGAAAGGUGAUCCUACUAAUCAAGGACUUCUGAGAGAUGUCCCUCUUCAGGGACGGAUAAAGCAUCUUCUAAAAUUUGCUGCAAUUAUUGAUGGUAAAUGGGUAUACCGUUUUGCUAAACACCCAGAUUUUCAUAUUGGGCUUUUAAUAUGAUUCAAAGAAAACACAUUUUACAACAAAGUGGAAUAUUCCUCAAACAGAACCCAGGUGAAGCUCAUCUCACAAUUGAUGAACUGCGUGAAAUGGCUGCCAGUAACAAUACAAAUGUAUUUAUGUCUAAAGUGUCGAGAUAUGUUGGCAACAUUUCAGGUAUAAUGCUUACUGGAAUAGAGUAAGAGAGGAACUCAAAGCUAUCAUUACUAGUGUUGGAGCACCAACAUUAUUUUUCACUUUCUCCUCUGCAGAUAUGCAUUGGCCUGAGUUACAUGCUUUAUUUAAUGCUGAUACUGACAAUGAGUUAGGGAACUCUACCAGUGAGGCAAGACGACAAAACAACAAUCCCCAUGUUGUAGAUUGGUUUUUCACACAAAGAUUAGAAAGCUUUGUAAACACUGGCUUUAUGAUACACUUGGUGCAAAAUGGCACUGGUUUCGAUAUGAAUAUCAAGGUAGAGGUAAUAUCCAUUGUCAUGGUACUGGUAAACUAAAUAAUGACCCAGGUUUGUGCCAACUUACUCAGACUGCUUUGAAAGGUUUCUUAGCUCAAAAAUUUAAAGAUGAAAAUGAUUGUUCUGACACAACUGAACUAGACCAGGAUAUUGAAGCUGGUCAGAAAGCAGCUGACACAGCAUGUCAGUAUGUUGAUUGGUUAUUAUCAACUGUCAAUCCUAAUCCACCAGAUGAAGACAUGUGGAUAAGACCUGAGGUUCAUCCAUGUCAAAGAAGUCAUGACAUUCCUAAACAUGAAAAACAAUUAGAUUAUGUAGAUCUAUUAAACAUGGUUCAACGACACACUCGUUGUAGUACAAGUUAUUGUCUUAGAAAGAACUCAAAUGAAACAGAGUUGAAAUGUAGAUUUCAUUCCCCUUUUGAUAUUUGUCCUAAGACAAAAUUAGAAUUUGAAAAAAUUCACACUUCAGGUGAUAAUGAGCAUUAUCGAGCUAAAAUUGUGACUAAACGAAAUGACUCCUAGGUUAAAUAACCAUCAACAACUUCAGCUCCAAGGAUGGAGAGCUAACUGUGAUAUUCAAGUUGUAAUUGAUCACUAUGCUUGUGUUGAAUAUCUCACAAAAUAUGCAGCUAAAGGUGAGCCAAGAUCACCUAUACUGAAACAGGCAUUCAAUUCUAUUGUGCAAAAUGUUGACAGUAAUACUGACCCUCGUAGAGUUAUUAAGAAAGUAGUUAUGAAAUCUCUUGGUGAAAGAGAUUAUGCAGCCCAAGAGACAAUGCAUCAUUUGUUAUCUUUAAAACUCCACAGCUCAUUCUUUAAAGUGAUGCCAGUUAGUCUAAAUGGUUCACGUAGAGUGCGUGAUACUGCAAGUAUUGACGAGGGUGAAUCUUGCACCGAUUAUUCACUUCUUGAUGCGUACGCUAAUCGUGAACAAUACGAGAAUUCACCAAAUAUAAUAAAUAUGGACUUUUUCAAUUUGCUACAACAUACAAACUUGUUAACGAUGAACUGA